AGUGCAGAUUUCCUGGGAAACCGAAAGUUAACUUCUCAGAAAGGGAGUGGACCGGAGCGGACACGCGAUAAACAGCCGUUAAACCGGAAUUUUACCGGCUGUCUGGUCUGAAAAGACACGCUGAUCAAACAGCAGUUUGUGUUUGUUGUUGUUUUUAUGGAAGAUGAAGGUUUUUGUGGCGGUUUUGUUCAUCAUGCACGUUUCCCAGCAUGCCUCAGCUGUGACGGUGGAGGUGAAUGAGGGGGCGGAGUUUAUUGUGCUGCCCUGUCAGGUGAAAGCACCUGUGCCUAUAGAUUCUCUGGUGGAGUGGAGACGCAGCGACCCCAGCAUAGCCGUCCACGUGCGUCGUGACAACCGCGACCAGCCCAACGACCAGAACGAGUUGUACAGAAGACGCACGGCGCUGCGUCAGGACGCUCUGGAGAGCGGAGACCUCAGCCUCACUCUGAAGAACAUCAGCCUGGUGGACAAAGGGACCUACACUUGCACCGCCCGCCAGGGAUCAACCAUCCUGAGCCAGGCUGAAGUCCAGCUGCAGGUCUUCAGCAGUAAUGAUAAAGAGCGCGAUGUGUUCCUCGGCCUCUUUAUUGUGACGCUUCUUCUUCUUCUUGUGUGUGUUGGAUACAUCGGCUGGACCAUCAAGACAUCUAAAAACAAAGACACAACAGCAGCGAACCUGUGACACCUGAGAACAGCACAGGCUGAGGACAACAGCAAGACGCAUCGCCAUGACAACGCCACCUCCUCCCCUCCCGUGAGACAGAUGUGUCUCUCAGUGUUUCUGUCACCAGUUUGUUUCAGUCUUUUAUUUAGACCAGUUUGAAUUCAAUGAUGGAAACAAGUCCGAGAACAGAGAUCAGCUGACCCGGUGGUUGCCAUGGCAACAGCAUGAUAAAGCCAAGAGUGCCCGUAACUUUGUGUUUUCUAAAUAACACUUUCAGAGUAAAAGCCGUGACUGAUUAGUAUGUUUAAUAGUUUUUGUUGGUCACCAUGGAAACACAGAUGCUUGAGUUGAGAUGAUAUUUAAAAGCUUAAAGUUGAUUUUAAGAUUUUAAUGAAUAAUUUUAUUAAAAUAAUGAUUUUAAUUGAAUAAACAUUCAUGUUUCCACCUCGAUGUGUCUCCAUGAGUUUAUCACACUGAAGCUUUAUUCAGUAAUAAAGACUUCAUCAGUGUUUAAUCACAGCACAACUGCUGCUGAGCUAGCUGAAGCUAACGUUAGCGUGAACAUUAAAAGACGUAGUAUGAAUAUGACCAAAUAGCAACGGUUAGCUUAGCAUAAUCUCACUGUAAACUGCAUCAGAACCAGAACCAGAACCAGAACCAGGUUUACUGCCAAGCAGGUUUUCAUAUACAAGGAAUUUUCUUGGUGUCGUGGUUCAUAACGAAAAUAUACACAAGAUUAAAUCAUCCUAAAUAAUAUAAGAAAGAACUUUACAGUGAAAACAUAGAGUACAUAUAAUAGAGUUAGAUCCUGGUCUUCAGACUGUAACUGAUCUGUGAACGUUUAGAUUCACUACAUGUAACGCAACACUUGUAAUGGUGAAAUAUCAGACAGGAACAAAGAAAAGAGGAAGGAAACAUCCCAGUGGAGACACAUCUGAGCUGAGGUUACCGUAGCAACAGUAACAGUGAUGUCAACAUGUUUUAACAGCACGUCUUCAUCUGUUUAUUUUAACAUCAGCAUCAGUCAGACCAGCAGGACUCAUUAAUACUUCAUUAUACCAUAAAACAGUAGUUUGUUAUAAUAUAACUAUUAUAUCAUCUGUAACUCUUCACACAGACGUUGAGUCAAUUAAAGUGAACAUGAAUGAUGUCUGUUUAAAAUACAUAACGUUAUAUUUCAAUGUGGAAGAAGUUAAAAACAAUAAAACACAAGUCUGAUCUCA